CAAAAAGAAAGGUACGUCAGUGAUGAAGAAACAGAUGGGCUGAACUGAAUGCACCCAUGUACAUAAAUGCGUAAGCACACUCGGGGUGUGCCAGGCACAAGGUCACACUCCUGCCAAGAGCCAAGGUGAGAACCUCGCUAUGAGCGGAAGAUUAUCAGGGACAGCAAAAUGACACCUGUUUUGGCUGCUGAAUGAACAUUGGAAAUCAGACAUCAGAGUACUCUUCCAACUGAAAUGAAAGCCUGAAAUGAACGGAAAAGAAAUGAAAACUGAAAGGAAAAUCCUAAUGGCGAUACCAGUACACUUCCUGCUGAUCUUUGCAUUGCUCUUACAAGAGAGUUAUGGCAAGGAGUUUCACAUCAGAAACCUGGAAUGCUUUAACGAUUACGACAGUGAAUUGAUGUGUUCUUGGGAAGUGGCAAAUUCCAGCAGUAACUGCAGUGCUGAUUUUCAGCUGAAGUAUGAAACACAGUCCGUACAACAGAAUGUCUGCAUCCCACAAAACAGGCAGCAUGGUGGCGCUGUGGUGCCCAAUCAGUGCGUCUGCACGAUGUCUGGUUUUUACAUUGUAGCACUUACGAAUUUUAUCAUAAACCUGGAAUCCAAUGGAACAUCAGUGCAAAGAGGGGUAUUCCCUGCACUGGAUACAGCUAUACCGAAAGUUCCAAGAAGCAUAACAGUUACUUCUGGUAAUGAAGAUGAUAUCAAUGUGACAUGGGAUAAUGGCUAUUCUGGGAGCAAAGACAUAUUUUUAUCUACAUACCUGAUGUAUAAUAUCCAAAUUACCUGCAAGCAGGACCCAACACUGUUUGAAAGCAUGAACGUAACAAUCAGAUCUUGUAGUAUCAAUAAGAGAUAUUUUAAAUCAGGAUGUGACUACGAAGUAAAAGUCAGAUCAAAGUUUACGUUUGGAGAGAAUGGAGUUCAAAGUUUUCCCUGGAGUGAUUGGAGUUCAGCUAUAGAAUGGCAUAACGAUUACAGUCCUAGUUUUGACUACAUCCCGAGUAUCGUCAUUCCAGUCUGUUGCUUCCUUCUUUUCUUGCUAAUAUUACUGUGCUAUUGCAUUAUUAACAUUUGUAAGAAAAAAUGGUGGCAGAAUAUUCCAGAUCCUGCGAAAAGCAGUUUGCACUUGAUUAGAAGACACAUGUCACAGGAAACAGCAGUUAAAUCUGAUGAGAAUGCUAAUAUUUAUCCACCAUCCAAUAAACAGGAAAAUGCAAAGAGAAUUUGUACCAACUGGUUUAAUAAGUUGUUCUUCAAAAAUCAUCAUAAAAAACAUUUAAGCCAGGACUGCACCUCUAAACGCUAUGAACACAUCUGUAGAACAGAAGGUACAGAGUAUUCAGUCCUUGUUCCCGAGGUUUCAGUUGUUGAUACUGCAACUGUGGAAAGCCACCUGCCAGAGAGUCGAAAGAACUCUGUAUAUGAAACAAAAGAUAUUAUAGAAGACAAAGAUGAAAAACAACCUUUUUUUGACCCAUCUAUUGACCAAAUGUUUCAAGACAUCAUUGACGAUAGCCCUUUUAAAGCUCAUGGAUUGAGCACAACAAGAGAUACCUUAAAAAACUCAAACAAUAACAUUUUACCGGUUUUUGCUUUCUUUGAGGACCAUCCAGCACCCUUGGAAGUUAUACAAGAGUCUCCAGAUAGAAGCUACCCUUGUGACAAUUCUGAAACAGAUCUUCCAACUAAAUCAGACCAUUGCCUAUUUUCAGGUAUGGACCAUUGCUCUGCUGAUCAGCAGGACUCAUUGUGCUUUGUACCUCAAGAGUCUCUAUACCAGGCGUCAGAGACAAAACUUGACAAUGGUUAUGCAAACAAUGGAUGCCAAGCUAAUACAUACUGUGAUUCAGGGUACAGUAGCUUUGCCAAUGCUGUAUCUGGCUCAGAAAUGUAUUCAGUAUCCUCAGAAUAUUCCACAGAUAAAGACAAUGAAUUAUCUAAUACAAGUAGUUGCUUAUCAAGAUCAGCCUUUGGUUCCAGUAAUAGCAGUCUUCAUAGUGACACUACAGAUAGAAGUGUAUAUUACAACAGACAAUCCAGGUUCUUCUUACCUGACACGAGUUGUGAUACAAGUAGCAUGAAUGUAGAACUGACUUUAACACGAAUUUCAGAAGAUUAUAACACAUCACCCAAAGAAGAAAGAGAAUUAUCCUCCUCUAUGAAUAUCUGUGCAGUAUCAAACUACCAGACUUUUGCUGACGCCAUUCAGCAAGAUGGAACAUCAGUAAAUCACCCUUCUGAAACACUGGAUAGUUCUGUGUUAGAAUCGGCUUAUAAAUCAUUUGAGAGCCUUUUAAACCAAAAUACACCAGAGGCAGAAUCAGAUACUGAGAGUUGUCUUUGUGCUCUAGACAUGGGAGUACAGAAAGAAGAAAUGACCCAAAUCACUGCUCAGAAUACAGGAACAAAUGAGUUUGACAACAUGAAAAACACAGGUGGGCAGACAAAAAUAGAUUUUGCAGAAGCUCCAGCCCAUGAAAUUACUUUUGGCUUUCUUAAUUUACUUUCGACUGAGAAUUGCCUAGAUAGUGGCUGCAAAGAGUCAACUGAAGAUAAACAACCAUUUCCCCCAAAGGAUUCUUCUGAUCAAACCCAGGAUAAUCCAAUCAAAGCAGAGGAUAUUAAAAAUGAUUUCAGCUUAAUUUACAAAGGCGAUACCAACUGCCAUUUACCAUUUGCUUGGACACAUGGUUUAAGUGAGCAAUGGAAAGACUUGACCAACAUGUAUGGACCUGAUUUCCCCCAAAGCUCACCAGUUGAUAAGAUAGACCGAAUUAUCAGAGGAUCACAUUCCAACCACACUGAUCAUGGAAAAUCAACUGUAACAGAAACUGAUAUAGGAAUAUUUCCACACCAGCCUGCAUUCAGUGACCAUAAUAACGCAAGUGAUUCUCAGACAAUGAAGUUUGCAAAUAUGUCAUAUUUUGUGCCUCUUUAUAAUGAGUUAAAGACAAAACGUAAUGAUACACAAGAUGACUUGGCAACUUUAUCAGACCACACACCUGAGCAUCCCAAAAAUCACGAAAAUGACGGUUGUUCAUACAUGCAAAUAUCUUUACCAGUUGGUCUUGAUUUAUAUUGCAGAGAAGGUUCUAGGGUCAUGCUAUGAAAUUAUUGUAAUGAAAAUAUUUUUAAUAUACAACUUGAAUUAACUUUGUCAUACCAUAAAACAAUUUAUUAGAAAGACACAAGCUCCAUAUCUUCCCAAAGAGAGUUGAAUUUACAAAGAUAGGUGCCAACAGUGUUCCCCAACAAUUUCCUAAUAUUUUCCUACAAUUUUUCUAAUAUCAUAUAUAAUCAAUAUAUCAUAUAGUGGAGCUUAGAGGCACUUCUGAACUUACAAAAUUGAUUCAGAUUUGGCACAAUCAAUGUAAUUUGCCCAACCCUAUUGUUCCGCAAUUUUACUAUCUGUCAGAGGCACAUGUGAUCAAAGAAAUUAUUUACAGAAGUUAAAAUGCCAACAUAUAUUUUGGAUGUAGAAAGUUUUUAUCUUCAAAUGCACGUUAGAAUUUUGCCAUAUAUAAUUUAGCUUUUACCCAAAUUUAAAAACUUUGGAUACUUAAUACAUUGUAUCAUUUGUUCUCCUAAAUGUAUGUAGGCAACAGGGAUAGGAAAUAUUUGGUGAUUUACGCAUUGAUGAAAUACAAAGCUGAGCUGAUAGUCGAGUCUAACUUGGAAAUGUUUCCUUUCAUGUAAAGUGAUCCCUUAAUUAUAUUUAAUUAUAGUUUUUCUAAGAAUCUUAAAUUCCUCUUACAGUUUAUAAAUAAAGUCUUAUGUGAAAUAAAGGGAAAUUCCAGGAGAAACACACUACAAACUUUUUUUUAGAACACACUCCCCAGAUUUCUGAUGAAAAUUGAAAGCAGAAUUCUAGCUACUGUUCCGUAUUUACUGCCUGGAGAAUAUUCUCAAGCAGAAGGAAUCCCAAUGUAAUAGCGUUCCUGUUUACAUACAAUAGACCACAAACUGUUUGGAAUAACAGAUGUGUGCCUAGCUACCAGUGCAUAAAAAAAUUAAAAAUAAGAAAUAAAACAGUGUCAGUACCAUUACUUUCCCCUGUCUUCAGGCUGAGCAUUGCAAUGGCACUUUAUUAUUAGUCUGGUUGUUGUAUUAUGGAAAAUGAUUAUUGGUACUGAUACAUCACAGAGCAAGAACCACUGGUUGAGUCAGCAGUGAUAUAACUUGUUAUAAAAAGCAGUAGAGAACAUUUUUUAGGAUUACACAAUAGCAGCUUCCUUCCACAGCAUAUCAACACCAAAUUCUUUGUAACCAAGUAGCUGUGUACAUACUUGUAUGUGUGUAAAUACAUAUAUAUAGAUAUAUAGAGAUAUAUAUAUAUAUAUAUAUAUAUAUAUAUAUAUAUAUAUCUUUAAAUGGGCAGCCUUUAGGACUUGCCUCGGGUACACGGUAAGUAGGUUAGAUAACGAAGAAAUGACCAGCAACACCGAGAUAUCUUUUAUAUAUAUAUAUCUCAAAGCUGUGGGGAUCGGCACUCACAAAAUCGCAGCCUGGGUGCUGUCUUCCAAAAGGAAAUUUAAAGUUGCAAAGACGAAGCCGCACUCACACGUUUCGGCUGGAACACCAGCCUUUCUCACAAGUAAUUGUGCUUUUCCAUAUAUGAAAAAUGUAUAUCUGUAGGUUGAUACUGUAUAUUGCAUUUUCUGCUUUUGUACUUGAAAUAAAACCUUGAUUUGAAUUUCUGAAAUUAAUAGUAUUAUAAUAUAUUUAUAAUAAAGACAUAACACUGUAGAUUCACAGUUUCAGUUGCAUAUUGUUAGGAGACAAUUGGGGAGGGCUCUGCGUGCAACAGCUUAAUAUUAUUCAUUUAUUUAUAUAGAUUUUCCACAUUCCACAUAUUCCACAUUGCUUUAACAAAGAUUUUACAUCAUUGACAUCAGUCCCUGCCCGAAGGCCCCUAUCAUAUUGACACACACUUGGGCCAAUUUUAUCAGGAACCAAUUAACCUGCCUGAAUAUUUGGGAGUGUAGGAGUUGAGCCAGAUAAGCAUGAGAAAAACAUACAAGUUACUUGCAAACAGGCCCAGAUUUGUGGAAAGGCCAUCUAGGCCGGAGCCUAGGGGGGUGGCAUGCUGCCCAACCACAGCCACAUUGGUUCCAAAACACUGGGGAUGCGCUGGAGAUACAAUAAUUUUUUAAAUUUCCCGUGCGACAAUCCCCAUUGCUCCAGUCCAGAUGAUGAAGAUUUGCACGAAUAAGGAGAGGGGACAUGGGUGAUGAACGGCAGUGGGCCUAGGGGCGCCCACUAUGUAAAUCCGGCCCUGCUUGCAAAUAGUGUCCUGGCUGGGAUUGAACCCAGAACCCCAGCUCCCGAUUUAUGGGAAGUUUAUCCAUUUUACUCAAAUAAUGUUUAAAAAUGAUUUCCUUUUUCUCUGUAAUGAUAAUAAAACAGUAUCUUGUACCUGAUCUCAACUAAGAUAUAUUUAAUCACUGGUGAAGACAAUGAUAUUAAGGUAGGAGAUCCAAAUCACAGAAAGUCCCCUUAUUGGAAAGCCCCAGGUCCAGAGCAUUCUCCCAUACCUGGGCCUAUUGAAGUGUCUGCCAUAGGCAGAGAGACAUUUCAACAGAAAAAGUGACAGUCAGUUAAAAGCAUAUUGACUGUGAUGGUUCUCUCUGUACCAUAGGCCUAAAUACCCAAUAUGGAAUGUUGUUUGAGUAUGUGGAUAUCUCUGUACUACACCUAUAUUAAAGCCAUUAAAGAGAUUCUGUCACGA